AUGGCAAGCCCAGCGCGAUCAACGCAUACUGACACAGAAUCUCACGAUGUUGUGAAGAGUGACUCCGAAUCGAAACUGGAACUGGAGCACAGCGAUUCUGAUAUUCAAGAUGAGAAGCCAGCCUCGAAAUCUGCGGAGACUCCUGAAGCCAAGUCAGAAGAAGAUGAAGAACUCAACGAUCAAGGCGAAAAGUAUAUCUCCGGCUGGCCUUUGGUAUUCCUCUUGUUAGCCAUGGUCUCAACAGUCUUCAUUGUCGCUUUGAGCAACACCAUCAUCAGCACAGCCAUCCCGGCCAUCACAACAGCAUUCAAUAGUACGCGAGAUAUUGGUUGGUACAACUCCGGCGAGGCUCUUGCGGCCACAGCAUUCCAACUACCUUUCGGACGAGCGUAUCUGUUGAUGGACCUGAAGUGGACUUUUCUCGUGUCAUUGACCCUAUACCUGAUUGGCAGUCUGAUCUGCGGAGUGGCAAACUCUUCUGUGCUUCUCAUUCUGGGCAGAGCAAUUGCAGGUGUCGGCAACGCAGGAGUCUUCGCUGGCGUCUUCAUCAUCAUCGCUCGAAACGUUCCUCUGCGAAAACGAGCACUUUAUGCUGGGCUGGUUGGAGCGACAUUUGCCAUUGCUGCUGUGCUGGGACCUGUUCUGGGUGGUAUCUUUACUGACCGUAUUAGCUGGAGAUGGUGCUUCUACAUCAAUCUGCCUAUUGGAGCUGUAGCGGUGGCUAUCAUAGUGUUCCUCUUGCCAUCGAGACCAGGUGAAAAAGCAGCAGAGGUGAAGGACCUUUCCUGGUGGCAGUUCUUCCUAAAGCUCAAUCCUUUUGGGUCGGCCCUUCUACUGGGAUCCCUGGCAUGUUUCUUUCUUGCCCUUCAGUGGGGCGGCGGCGAAUAUCCCUGGAGUGCUGGUCGCGUGGUCGCGGUCCUUGUGGUCUUCGCUGUCAGCUUCAUUGGAUGGCUGGUUCUGCAAUAUUUCCAAGGUGAAGAGGCCACACUACCAUACAACGUUGCGAAACAGCGUACUGUGGGUGGCGCCUCCAUCUAUACCCUGCUUCUGAGCGCCGCAUUUGGACUCGUGAUAUACUAUCUGCCUCUUUGGUUUCAAGCAGUACGAUCUGACAGUGCCGAAGCUGCUGGUCUCAAGCAACUUGGUAUCGUCAUCUCGCUCACUCUCUCAUCAAUUGCAGCUGGCGGUGCUGUUGUAAAAAUAGGAUAUUACUAUCCUUUCAUUUACGCCGGAACUAUCUUAUGCAGCAUCGGCGCUGGCUUGCUUUACACGAUCACACUCGACACACCGCAAUGGGAUAUUAUCGGUUAUUCGAUCGUAUUCGCCAUUGGUAUCGGCGUCAGUCUCGAGCAAUCCAACGUUGCUGUUCAGACUGUCCUGCCCGAUGCUCAGAUUCCAGCAGGCACAAGCUUGGUACUCUUCGUCCGAUUACUUGGAUCAGCAAUCCCCGGACCCAUCGGGCAAAGUGUACUCCAGACAACACUUGCCAGUAGGCUAGGGACUGAGGUCGCUGAGCAAGCUUAUGGUGGCACCGGAGCAACUGAGAUCCGCUCAAAGCUCGACAACAUCUUUGGAGCUGGCACACCUGAAGCUCGAGAUGCCCUUGACGCUUUCAAUGAUUCUGUGACGAAGAUCUUCAUGGUCGCAAUCAUAGUCUCUUGUCUGAGUGUGUUGCCUCUUCCACUCAUCGAGCUCAAGAGCGUUAAGCGUGAGAAACGAGACAACGAAGACGCCAAAGAAGGCAAGAAAACUAAUGGGACGACGGGCAAGACAGAAGAUCCAGAGAAAGGGCAGAGUGCAGAGAUCGCGGGCAAAGCAGUGUGAGA